AUGGAUUCAGAGUUAUUGAAGUUCAUCUGCGCCAACCAAGGAGCAGUAGAUGCGGAUGAUGUGAUGUUUAAUCUCUUCCCGGGCGCGUCCGCCGACAAGGUUAUUGCGAACAAACAUCAUUUUGUCUUACAUUCUUCAAACGGGCGGCAGAAAGUGGUGGCCAAGACCAGCCUGAAGCUGUGCCGAGUCAGAGACUGCUUUGGGACGUGCGAACAGCUGCAUCUGUGCAAAAACUUCCUCUUCACCGGACUGUGUCAGAGACGAGUCUGCAGUUUCUGCCAUGACUUGAACUUUUGCUACAACCAGCGGUUACUGAAACAACACGAGCUGGAGGGUUUAAACAGGGCAGAGUUGAGCACUCUGAUGCUCCAGAGUGACAACUCACUCCUACCUCCUAUUUGCUACAAGUACAAUACUGGUAACGAUGAGUUUGGCCAGUGUCAGAGUGGUAUAGCUUGUGCCAAACUCCACAUCUGUAAGAAGUACUUGAGCCAAGACUGCAGUUGCUCCAAAACCCAUGAUUUUUAUGCUCCCCAGCCAUUAAAAAGUCUCUAUGAUAAAGGGGUGCCCCACAGCCUCAUAUCCUCCCUAAGGUCCAUUUAUGCCAACAACGAGGCCCUGAGAAUCUCUAUGAAACAUAAAACCGAGAUAUGCAUGUACUACAUUAAAGGAUACUGUAAGCACGAGAAUCAAUGUAUUAAAUUACAUGACAAGAUGCCGUACAGAUGGCAGGUUCAGGAAGGGGAUCGCUGGACUGCUUUGCCUCAUAACGAGACAAUUGAGAAGGACUACUGUGACCCCAAGAACACACACAGCAGCAGCAUCCCGCUCGUGGAUUUUUACACGAUGACCUGUAGACAGAACGUAGUACGACGACUCUCAACUCCAAACUCUCUGGUUAAGCCGGACUUUAUCCACACUACAGAGUGGCUCUGGUACUGGCAGGAUGAGUUUGGAAGGUGGAAACUGUACGGUGCAGAUAGCCAAGGACACGGAUCAGCAGAUGUCAACAGUUCGAAGCUUGAGCAGAGGUUUCUGGACAACGAUAAAACUGUGGAUUUUACUGCGGGCUCACAGUCAUAUUCACUGAGUUUUCAGGAUAUGAUUCAAACAAACAAGCAUUACCGCACUAAGAAACUUGUUAGCAGGCGUCCUCGGUUUGUCUCUGCUGAAGAUGUCGAAACCAAGAAAGUGAGAAAGCCUUCAAAUUUCACUUCUGUGCCAGACAACUGGGACAAGACACAGAUUUCUCAAACAGGCGUUUCGCGAGUCGCCCUCAAUCGCACUUCAGAUGAAUAUCAAAAGGUGAAAGCUCUUUUUUGUUCCACCAUGCAAGGCUUUAAUAUCGUCACGAUUGAACGGAUCCAAAAUAAAGCACUGUGGGAAGUCUUCCAGUGGCAGAAGAAUCUGAUGAAGAACAACAGUGGUGGAAGUGACGUGACAGAAAGACAACUUUUUCACGGCACCGACUCCAACCAUGUUAAAGCCAUCUGCCUCAAAAACUUUGACUGGAGGAUCUGUGGGUCUCAUGGGACAGUUUAUGGCAAAGGUAGUUACUUUGCCCGAGAUGCCACUUACUCCCACUCCUACACCGGCAACACUGUUGUCAGAGCCAUGUUCGUCUCCCGGGUGCUGGUGGGAAGCUACACCAAAGGAGUCUUCAGCUACGUCAGGCCUCCAUCUAAAGAUGGCGGAGACGUAAACUUUUACGAUAGCUGUGUGGACAAUGUCCUAAACCCCUCAAUAUUUGUGGUGUUUGAGAAGCACCAGAUUUACCCAGAGUACCUGAUUCAGUACAGGAGUGCAGAUCUUCUAGAUGAUUUUGUCCAUCCUGCACCAGCACCAGCACCCACUAAUUGUGUCAUAGCUUAA